AUCAUAUCAGAAUAGAAAUAAUACAAAAAUAGAAACAAAUACAAACAGCAAUAAAACAAAAAAAAGAAUAAAAUAUCUUCCCAUGAUGUGUAUUAAAGCAUGAGCUCUAUUUUAUUGUCAUUGCCACAACGUUAUAAGCGCCAAUUACAAGCAAUGACUCUUGCCGUGAUCAUCAUCUACACCACUUUGGUGUUUUACCAAAGUUCAUAUGGAUAUCCCAAUAUCGAGAUUUCGCAAAAUCCCUCACAAAAAUACCACCAUAAAGUGGGUGAAGUACAAACACAUCAUAUGAAAUUAUUACAAUACGAAACAUCUACCACAAAUACACCCACCUCAACUACACAAUUAUCAUCAUCAUCAUCAGCAGCAGCAUCAUCUUCUUUGUCUGCCGCCGCAGCUCAGUCAUCAUCAUCUUCCUCCACCCAGGAUUUAAUAGCAAAUCCUGUACACACCACCAUUAAUCAGCCCACCACUGUAAUUAUACGCAAGGACAUUCAUAGUUUUAAUUUCUCCGACAUCGAGUUGCCCAUUGAGAGGCCCACCGCUUCAGCUCAUUAUUUGCGCAACAAACAUUUAUUACGUGAUCUCUCACAGCGAUCGGUGACGGGUACUCCCAAGCCACCCACCACCGAAUUGGAUGAUAUUUUCAUAAGUGUCAAGACAACGAAGAGUUAUCAUGACAGUCGUUUGGCUUUGAUAGUCAAGACAUGGUUUCAACUGGCCAAAGAUCAGACUUGGUUCUUUACGGAUACUGAUGACCCAUAUUAUCAACAAAAGACAAAUGGUCACUUAAUCAAUACCAAAUGUUCUCAGGGACAUUUCCGCAAAGCUUUGUGCUGUAAAAUGUCAGCGGAACUAGAUGUUUUUCUGGAAAGUGGUAAAAAAUGGUUCUGUCAUUUUGACGAUGACAAUUAUGUAAAUAUACCCCGCCUGGUAAAACUUUUAGAUGAAUACAGUCCCUCGGUUGAUUGGUAUUUGGGUAAACCCAGCAUUUCCUCACCCUUGGAAAUACAUUUGGAUAGUAAAAAUACUUCGUUAAAUAAAAAGAUUACAUUUUGGUUUGCAACAGGUGGUGCUGGCUUCUGUUUAAGUCGAGCCCUGACAUUAAAAAUGUUGCCCAUAGCAGGUGGUGGCAAAUUUAUAAGUAUUGGAGAUAAAAUAAGAUUUCCUGAUGAUGUUACCAUGGGUUUCAUUAUAGAACAUCUACUAAAAGUGCCCCUCACUGUUGUCGACAAUUUCCACUCACACUUGGAGCCCAUGGAGUUUAUACGGCCAGACUCUUAUCAAAAUCAAGUGUCCUUCAGCUAUGCUCUCAUGAAAAAUCAAUGGAAUGUGGUUAAGGUUGAUGGUUUCGAUACGAAAACUGAUCCCCGGCGAUUUUAUUCGUUACACUGUAAACUAUUUCCUUAUUUUAGUUAUUGUCCUCAUAGAUGAUUAUUUGAUUAAGCAGACAAAGUGAAACAAUUUUUUUUAUUAUUUUU